AUGUCUCGACAACAAACAAAAACUCCGGAGCCAACUAGAAUGAAUACGGAACUUUUUACCUUAACUUAUGGGUCCUUGGUUGCACAGAUUGUCAAGGAUUUUGAAACAGACGAUGCAAUCAAUGAACAGUUAGACACUAUUGGCUUCAAUAUCGGGGAGAAACUAGCUGAAGAUUAUGUGGCUAAAGGAAAUUCUGGUCGGUGUGCCGAUUUCAAGGAGACUGCUAACCAAUUAGUCAAUGGAUUUAAGCUCUUUCUUGGCUUCGCUCCCACAGUUACUAAGCAUAGUCCUGCUGGGGAUGAAUUUUCACUUAUUAUUGAUUCCAAUCCCCUUACUGAGUUUGUUGAUCUUCCAGCUGAUCAUCCCAAGCUGCUUUAUUCUAAUGUCAUCGCAGGAGCUAUACGCGGAGCACUGCAUAAUAUGCAAAUGGAAGUUGAUGCUAGAUUUGUUCAAGACCAACUUCUCGGUGAUAAAGUCAACGAAAUCCGCGUUAAAUUCGUCCGUAGAAUUAAAGAAAUGGUUUCAAGUAGUCAAUCAUCGUCUUCGAGUGGAAAUACACUUGAACCUUGGCUUUUGAAAGCGCUUCGUCUUCUACAUUCAAAUAAUCAAAAUGACACUGCUCGCCUUCGCAAGAUGUACAAAGAUGCUUGUGAGAACGAGAUGGGAAUCACUCGUAUAACCCUUGCGGACGCUCUGCGUUCAGAGCCUUUAGAAGAAUCCGCCAAUUUAGAACGAGGUUCAAGCCGCUCUCGUAUCACAGCUCCGCCUUCUGUGGAAGUUGCGGGUCAAAAUGAACCGUCUAGUUCAAAAUUAGCCCCAAAGUUGAUUAAUUUAUUCGAUGUCCCAUCAACUAAGCCUCGUGGUCCUAUCCCACCGGCGAACAUUAUCCCCGUUGUGGUUACGCAGGGGAAAGCAGUCAUUUCGGAUCAAACAUCAUCCGUUGUUUUGCCAACGCCGAGCAUUGCCGGGAAUGAAUCGAAUGUUAACUUGGGUUCUGUGGAAGAUCUGGUGGCUGAGUGCUUAUGCUGCGUUUGCGAUCGAAUGAUUCCAGCAUCGGAUUCAAGUAGUGGUAGUGAGAACGUUUCUAAGAAUAACGGAAUGGUUGAGUGCUCCAAGUGUCGAGCUCUCUAUCAUCAACUUUGUCAUGACCCCCCCUUGCCGACUUUUCGAGUGCCAUCUGGAUGGAUCUGUUCAAAAUGUUCCGAAGGUGCCAAUGCCCCCUCGCCUGCCUCCUCCUCUCUUCACACUAAGCGUCCCGAGACAUCAAAGAAACCCUAA